AUGUCCGCGGCUUGUAUCAUACCGCAUGUCGACCCGCUCGCUGAUGCGCCCUUGCGACUGGAGAUUGCCAAAGAAUAUGACCCACUCGUUCUCCAGUUCCUAGUGAACGGAAUGCGGGAGCAGCCCAUUGCAUUCGCACAGAGCCAGAAGACGGUAUUCAUUCAUCCUGAUCUAUACACCUCAGGCCUUCCGGAUUCAAUCCAGGAAUUACACGGUCUUUGCAGACUACACGCAAAGGCGACUCAGAAAAGAAACACAAGCAGCCUUCGUCCACUACUCUGCCAGAAGUUUGCCGAUCUCUAUCGCCAGCUGAGCCAUGCAGCGACGUUUGAAGAGCUUCUAGGCUGUUCUCAGGCCUUGAUUCUGAUCAAAGCUAUGAUCAUCUUGGGUGAAGACGAUGAUCAAACCCCGUACUCUGAAGCUGUCAGCUACAUUCUCGCAGGGAUCGCUGGAAGGCUCUGGCACCAGGCCCCUAUUCAGCUUCCCCAGAAUCUCAGUCCUCGACACGCAUGGAUAUUAGCCGAGAGUGUUCGGCGGACUAUUAUCAUGGCUUUUUUGCUACGCAGUGUCUACUCGCUCAAGACAAGAAAGUAUUCCGUUCGCACCCCGUUCGUGGACGCAUUGCCUUUCGAUGUUCGAACGUAUCUGUGGGAUGAAGGAACUGAGCAGACAUAG